CCACGUUCACAAAACCCUUGUCUUAUACUUCGGAUCUAUCUUUGAUCUCAAGCGAAUUUCCCGUCAAUUAUCAACCUUGCGAAAUUCUAACGUUCUCAACAGUAGUCGUUACGGGAGGUACAAAAUCAUUUAAUUUGCCUUUUGCCGUGUCAAUAAUGAUGGCCUGAUUUUAUUUCAGGCACACAUGAGAAGAAUUUGGCUGGCAGAUGCGCAUUUCUGCCUCGCCCUGGGCACCGAAGUUAUUCCAUGAAAUUCUCAGGAUUUUCAGGAGGUGCAAGUGGUCUAAGGUAGGAUGUCUUAUGCUAUUAGAAAUUCAACUUGCACAGGUCAGAAAGAAAGGGGGUAUUCUUCUAUUUAAAUAUAAAAGUAGAUCGGUUUUGCCAUCCAGUAUCUUCACUUAUGUUUGAAUCAUCUUUGACAAUACCGGUGACUAGCCCCCUUCUCCGACGUUCUAGCAGCAGACCUGGGGUUUCAGAAUUUGCUGAAGCAGUCACAUUGGAUGAAAACAUUCAAACUGUCAUGGAAACAGAGCAGAUGAAGCCAUCUGGAAAUUCAUCUGGAAGUUCACCUAAGCAAGCUUCGUCCACAAUAUCAUCUCCUGGUCCUAUAUGGCGAAUAAAGGGUCCACUCUUUCUGUUAUGGGGUUUUAUUUGUUUCAAGAUUGGCAUGGAUUCUGUCAUGAGGAUGGACGCAAAAGAGCGCAAUUUGUUUCUUUACGAAGCAUUUUUAUAUUAUAACCCACUUCUACUUGUGGCUAUGAUGAUAUGGCUUUGGGGAGUCAACGUAUGGGUAUUUUCACAGUCAUCUGUGAAUUAUGCAAAAAUAUUUGAAUUUGACUACAGUAAUUAUCUCACACAUAAAGAAAUAUGGAAGUGUGCUUCGUGGAUGACAUUAAUUGUACCAACUAGCAUGACAGCAUACUUGUUUCUUUACUCUCCUGGAAAAGUAUUGUUGGCAGCAUCUCAGCCAGUUUUACUUUACAGUGCUCUUGCAUUGAUCUUGGUAUAUCCCUUCAAUGUGAUUUAUCCAUCAUCCCGAUAUUACUUCUUGAGGACUCUUUGGCGACUUACUUUUCCUUUACAGCCAGUCAGCUUUGCAGAUUUCUUUUUGGCUGAUGUGCUUACUUCAAUGGCUAAGGUGCUAUCAGACUUGGAACGAUCUGUUUGUAGAAUGGUCAACCGACAGGUUGCAACGAUAGCAUGGUUUGAUGUAGAAGAUGUUUGCGGGAGCCACUCAUUUGCAAUUCCUUGCGUUCUUUCCUUUCCUUAUUUUUGCCGAUUUUUCCAGUGUCUUCGGCAAUAUAAGGACACGAAAGACAGGUUUUGUCUUUUAAAUGCUUUGAAAUAUGCUACGGCGUUCCCUGUUAUUUUCCUUUCAGCACUCAAAUAUCACGUGGAUCCAGAAAUGUGGACAAAUGUUUAUCGACCUCUUUGGCUGUUCUCGAGUGUUAUUAAUUCUUGCUAUUCAUUCUAUUGGGAUGUAACCCGUGACUGGGAAUUAAGUGUGUUUUCCAGAAUUUUUAGGUUUAAAGGCCCUCAUUUGCAUCCAAUUAUGUUAUAUGGCCGUCGUUGGGUUUAUUACUGGGCAGUUAUGAGCAAUCUUGUUCUUCGUUGUGCAUGGACAUAUAAACUUUCAGCACAUUUACGGCAUAAUUAUUUAACAGUUUUUACAAUAACAGCCUUGGAGAUAUUUCGUAGAUUCCAGUGGAUAUUUUUCCGUGUGGAAAAUGAGUGGAAUAAGAUAACACUGAAGUCAAACGAAUGGAAUAAAAUAGCUCCAAAGUCAACUAUGCAGUUUCCUCUUGAUGAUAUUCCUUCUUCAGAAAAGGAAAAGUUGCUUGGAUCUGCUCAGCAUAGUGUAUAAAUAAGGUUAUUCAUAUUUAAGAAAUGCUGCUUCAUUAUUCAAUUUUAAAUUCUCAUUUCAUUUGUUGUA